AGACCGCGCGCGCGCGCCGCGAUUCGACAUUUCAACCCAACUGCGCCGCGCGCCUCCCCCGCCAGCUCCCUCAUGCCGCGCCCGCCGCCUGGCGCCUGCUCGACGGGAUGCGACCGCGGCGCCCGAGCCCGCCGCCCUCGGCUUCCCUCUUCAACUCCCUCAUCGCCUCCCGCGCCCGCACCGGCCGCUCGGCGGACGCCCUCUCGCUCCUCGCGCGCAUGCUCGCCGCAGGGGUCGCCCCGACCGCCUUCACCUUCGCGCCGAUCCUCGCAUCGCCUUCCGCCACCGCCUGCUGCGCCGCGCAGCUGCACCCUCACAUCCUCAAGAGAGGGCUGCUCCACGGCGAGCCUUACUCGGGGACCUCGCUGGUGGGGUUCUUCGGGCGGAGCGGGCGGUUCGACGGAGCGCUCAAGGUGUUCGGUGAAAUGACGGUGAGGAGCGUGGUCACCUGGAACUGUCUCAUCUCUUCGUUCGUGCAGUUUGGACGCUCCCGCGAUGCUCUGUUCUGGUUCAGGGAGCUAGUGAGAAGCGGCGAUGGCUUAUCAGACGGCUCUCUUGUUGCAGUGUUGCCUGCGUUUGGGUCGCUGGAGCAAGUUCAUGGUCUCGUGUGGAAAAUCGGAAUGGAUUCCUUCCCAGCAGUUGCAAAUGCAUUGUUGAAUUCAUACUGCACUUGCGGUGCUAUAUAUGUUGCAGAGAAGAUGUUCAAUGAGUUGGUGUUCAGAGAUGUGGCUUCUUGGAAUACAGUGAUAGCCAGUUUUGCUAGGAGUAACGUCCCAGAGAGAGCUUUUGAGCUUUUCUUAAGUAUGCAACGUCGGGGUGAUUUGCCAAAUGAAACAACAUUUGCCAGCGUUCUUUAUGCCUGCGCCAGUAUGAAUGGACAUGAGCAUGGGAAGUUUAUUCAUGCAAAAGUUAUCAAGCGAAAUCUCAAUACAAGUGAGUUUCUCAACACCUCAUUGGUUGAUUUCUAUGCAAACUGUAUUGGUUGGAGGGAUGCACGUAAAGUAGUUGAAGAGAUUCCUGAGAAUAGCACCACGUGUUGGAAUGCUCUGAUUUCUGGUCACUCUGAUAGCGACGGCCCAACUUCUUUGGCUAUUCUGAGAGACAUGUUACGAUCAGGGAUUAAACCGAAUGAAGUUAGUUUUUCUGCAUCUCUCAAGGAUCCUUCUUUUUUGGAUCUCCAGCAGAUUCACUCAUUAGUGACAAGAUUGGGUCAUAGUGAUAAUGACUAUGUUUCAAGUGGUAUCAUAUCAUCGUAUGCUUCACAUGGCAUUGUUUCUGAUGCCUUGACUUAUGGAGUUGCACUGAAUCCUGAUUCUUGUAGUGUCUCCAUGAAUGUUUUAGCUGGGGUGUAUAAUAAAGCUCGCAUGUACCAAGAAACUAAGAAGCUACUUUUACAUCAGCAAGCUAGAGAUACUACUUCAUGGAGCAUACUUAUUACUGCUUGCUCACGCAGUGGUGAUUAUAUUGAAGCUUUUGGAUUUUUCAAGCAGAUGAGAAUUAUGGGGUACCAUGUCGAUAACUAUAUAUUUGUGAGCUUGCUGAGCAUUUGUACAAAAAACAACAGUCUUGAUCUUGGUAAGUUGAUUCAUGGGCUUAUCAUCAAGACCAUUUCCGGUUGCUGUGACACUUAUGUUGAUAAUAUGUUGCUAGAUAUGUAUGCUAAAUGUGGUAGAAUUGAAGACUGUCUCAAAGUUUUUGAGGAAAUGAAAGAUAGGAACCUUAUCUCAUGGACAGCUGUGAUUUCCGGCCUUGGACUUAAUGGGUUUUCUCAUAAGGCCUUGGCAUGGUUUAAAGCCAUGGAAAAGGAUGGCUGCAAACCUGACAAAGUAGCAAUUCUAGCAGUUCUGUCAGCUUGUAGACAUGGUAGACUUGUGGAGGAGGGGAUGAAGAUAUUCAAAAAUGUGAAAGCUAAUUAUUCAGUUGAAGCUGAGAUGGAGCAUUACAUUUGUGUGGUGGACAUGCUGUGUAAGUGUGGUCAUUUGAAGGAAGCUGAGGUUGUGAUUAGAGGCAUGCCAUUCCAACCAAGUACUGUCAUAUGGCGCACAUUCCUCCAAGGAUGCAAGACAUAUGGUGUAACUGAAGUACAAGUUUUUGCUAGCAAUGGAUCAAAUAGAAUUGCUCUUGAUAAACUGUAGAGGCGUAGAGCAAGAAUAAGGAGGUAUCUAUGAUGUUCCGUCAUAAUUAGGCUCGGGCAAGAAGGAUGUCUGGCCAUUGUGGUCACAAGGGAAGGGAGAAGUGCAUGCCCAAGUCUCCAAGAGAAACUAAAUGGAAAUGAGUAUCAAGAUAACUAAUCCUUAUUUGUGACCUCUUGGUUUGCUUUUGGAUGAUUAUCCCAUACAAUUCUUCAAGUUGUCUUUUCGCGGUAUGGGAAGGUCAGCUGGCUGUUGCAAGUUAGGAUGUGGCUAAUCAAUUGCAAAGACUAUAAAGCACAAGUCUAGGACACAGACACCUACUGACAAUCUGAGGCACCUGGCGCUUUUGACGAAGCAUGCACAUUAGCAAGGCAAUAAGGCUUAUAUAGCAUCCAAGCAAAGGCUUUUAUUGGCUAUUGCGUUUCCUUCCGGCUGGGCACUGUCUGCAUAGCGACAAAGGUGUUCGUUAAGUAAUCGUUGGUGAUGGGGCACUCUUGUCUUCAUACCUGAAAGGUGAUUUGGUCAAAGAAUUCAAAGCAUUUUCUCACUUGAGACUUGCAAUUAUCUAAUUGGUGGUGCAGAUAUCUGCAAUUACUUAUCAAAAUGAGAUAGCAAAAUUUAUAGUUCUAGAGCACUACAACUUACCAAAUUACAAAGUGGCAUUUUCCCUGGUGCAGCGCCGUGGUAUAUAUGAAGCUUGCACUCAGUGAGCGACUUCCUGGGGUGAUCGCCUCAAUACCAUCUCUUGGUACAUGCUUGAAGGCCCCAUCUCCACAAAUGCAGGCAGGGUCAGAGCAGCAGUUCUCCCUCCCACCCAAGGGCGGGCUGAGAGCGCCUGGCAGUGCCAAGUUCGUAAUGUAGCGUGCUGCUACGUCUCUCGGUUUUACUUGAACUCAAGGCUGGGUGUUUGGUUUUGUUACCUUUGGAUCCUUCUUGUUUUUGAAAUGUUUGGCUGUCGAUCAUGCCAUUACUUACACAAAGGCAAAAAUUGCCUCCAAACAUAUCGCUGGAGUGAUCGCCGCUUGUCAAAAUAGGACCCACAUGUCAUAGAUGCAUCCGGUGCUACCUUGGAAAUGUCGCAACUUCGGAUCGUGUUUUGGCACCUGAGUUUCAAUGUAUGCUGGCGUAGCAAUUUCUCCUUGCACAGAUUGACGUA